CAUUGCUUGGUUGGCCUUAGUUCAAAAUAGUAAAACGCAAAAAUGAGACAUACAAAAUUCGUUUAGCUGUAUAUUUGAAGAAGAACAUUUACCACAAAAAAAGUAAAGAAGAAGUCUUCAAUCAUACCAUCGAGGAACAAUGGUCAUUCAAACAGGAUAACUCAAACAAAUCGGACGUGUUUUGAUUUCGUUUCAAAUUAAUAUUUUUUUUCUUCAUUCCGAAAACAUUAACUGACCUUUGAAAUCAGUGACAAGUUUUUAACCAAUUUCGAUACUAUGAGUGACUAAAUUUUAUUUUAUUUUUUAACAACAAGCAGUUGAAUUUCGCGGAUUUUUUUUUGUUGUUUCGUGAUUUCGAUAUAAAAGAAAAAAAAGAAUAUUUACGCAUCUUUAAGAGGCGAUUUUUCAUCGAUUUGAAAUUUCAUCGUUUAAAGCAAAGAAAAUAUGAGUGCAAAUGUUUUAAUGGCAUUGCCGAAAUACGUAUCCAUUCCAAAUAAGAAUGGACUGCCGAUUUCGGCGGAUCCAAUCGAAAGUUUCAUUGGUUGCGGCAAAAAACGUCGAUUGGAUCAUUUGACAUGGGAAGAAAAAUUACAAAGAAAAAAAUUAAAGAAUCGCGUUGCCGCACAAACAUCACGCGAUCGAAAAAAGGCCAAAAUGGAUGAAAUGGAUCAGACUGUGAAGCGAUUAAGAGACGAAAAUGUUAAAUUAAAAGAGCAAACUGAACGUUUAACUGCUGACAAAGAGGAAUUACUGAAGCGUACCAUUGAAUUGGAGCGAUGCUUAAACGAUUUGCAAGGCCAUCAAUUUGAUAUUGAUGAAUCUGCUGCUGCUAAAUUGUCACACAAACAUCAUCAAUCAAAUAUAAAAAUUGAGUCCACAUAUGAUUCGCCACCGUUGAGCGAUCGUUGGAUUGGCUGUGGUAUUAUGAAUAAUAAUGGAUCUGCUGUAUCCGCCUACCCUCUGCCGAAGGGAUCUCAAAUAAAACCACAGUCGAUGCGACGAUCAGACAACACAUGCAACAAUUAUAUGACAGCGACUCAACACCAACAACAGCAACAGCACCAUCAACAACAGACAUUGACACCGCCGUCGACACCACCGCCAGCCCAUCAAUCGCAACCGUUCGAAUUAAGCAAGAGAGCAACAACCAGCAGCAGCAGUCGAAUCAAUCAACGUGCAACGUCGAUGGACGAAAUGCCCGUGAAUUUGAAAAGCAACUCCGACCAAGCUGCUCUGUGGAAGAUUAUUGCUCUAUGUCUUCUACCGGACUUGUUCGGGGAUAUCGAAGAUUUCGAUGCCAGUGGAUUGGAAGAGCUUGCCGAAAGUUUAUUCGCAGAUGUCUCAACAGAGUUUGAAAAUGAUGUUACAAAAGGCGGCCACCGAAUUGCCCAAAUUGAAGGCGAACCAAAGUCAAUGUUUAGAUCAAUGGUGGGGACCCAAACAGAAAACAUGGAAUCCAGCGAAGAUACCCAUGGAAGCUUAAAUACUCCCAUCCAUAAACCAUCAAUGGUUCGUACAAUCAAACAGGAAAUCAUUGAUAGCAUGACAUCCGAUGAUGAUCAAUUGUACGUACCAACAGCACCAAUCGCACCCGAAAAUCAAUUACAAUCAAUACAACAUAUGCAUUUUGAUCACACACAAUUCAAUCACAGUGAGGAAAUGUUUGACAACAUCAAUCAUAACAGUAGCAACAACACCAACACCACAACAACAACAACAAGUCACACAAAUGACACGACAGAUAAAUCUAUGAUAUUAUACCAGAAUGAUAACAAUGUCACUAUAACGGACGAAUAUGACACAUUGUAUGAAACCACAACAUACGACGAUGAAGGGAAUCAAAUCACCAUCAUUCUACCAGAUGAAGAUAUCAGCAAUUUCGAAGAGGUGAUUGAAGAAGUUCCACAGAACGAGGAUGAGGAUGAUGAUGAAAUUAUGUCACACGUAUCGGUCUUAUCGCCAAUACCAUCGAUAAACUAUGCAUCACCCGGUGGCUAUAGUCACAACAGCAGUAUCGAUGAUCCGACCGCUGGUUCAGAUCACGACAGUGCAUAUGAUUCGGUCAUCAAUUCACCGCCGGCGACCAAACUGUCAUCAUCAUGGUCAAUUGACGAUGAUUAUGUAUACUUUAAUAAUAGUAACAAUAAUAAUUACUGGCCGCAAGAUUCAUUUUCCGAACUAUUUCCCACAUUGGCCUAACUGUCAUAACUAUCUAAUGUAAUUUAAGAAAUCAUUCAUCACAUUAUUGAUAUUCAUUUUUGGUUUUAUACUUUAUGUAAGAUUAGUUCGUUAAGUUCAACAAACAACAAACAAGUAGAAAAGUUAAUAAGAUACAUUUAUUUAUUAGACUUAGUUUGAUGAAUCUUUAAUUAGGAAUAUUUUGUGAAUUUGACAUUUCAUUGCUAUGAGAUCAUUAUUAACUUUAUGUUGCAUCAUUUGCUAGGUUUAAUAUCAUAGAUUUAUUUUUUUUGGUAUGAAGAAAAAAGCUUGAAUUUGCGCACGUUAUAAGGUUGUUUAAUACCUUUUUGCACCAUUGUAUCAGGUUUUAAAUCAGCAAAAUACAAUAGAACUUGAAUUUUAACAGAAACAUGUUUCAAAUAAAACUAAACAACCACAA